AUGUCACUCCUAGACCUAAAAUUCUUCCAUUUUAUAGCAGACCGUGAAUAUGAGGCUUCAAAUAAUUCGACUGCCACAUAUAAAAUUUCUGCCUCGGAGACUGUUGCUCAUUUUCAAGACAAAGAAGAUCAGCUAAGCAGUCAGUCCACUGCGGUUAUACUCACUCCUCCUUAUUCCUCCUCGUCAGUUCCUACAUCCUCGAAAUCCUUUAAGCCUCAGUGUGCCAAACUUGGCCAGAUUGCUACAAGGCCUAUAAGCAAACAGGCUUUUGAUGGCCGGUCAACUGCAAGCAAUGCUCAGGACAAGCUUUUACUUAGAACGAUCAGCGUUUCCAGCCGUGAAGUCCCCAUAAAGACCUUCCGAGUAAAUCGCAAUAGUGACCAGCUGGAUUGCCUGGACGGAGAGGAGCCUAUAGAAGUAGGCCUCGAAAUGCAGGAGAUUUUUUGCGAGCCUUCAAGUACCGAGAGGCCAACUAGGAAACAAGAGAGGGAAUUAUGGUGA